GUUUAGUUUCAUUUCCGCAUUACGCUUCUGCCUGUAGCCUGUUAGCAUCUUAAAAAUCACACUUCAACACGACUUGAAAGAAAACCUAUUAACUCUCCAGGGCAACAAUAACAGCGUCAGCAGAGGUGUCCGAAAUCCAAUUUAACAUUUAAUUUGCAUUGUUUGCAUGUUAUAAAUGCGGUUUGAUGUUGGUUAAGUAAACCAGGAAGCGACGUUAGCGUGAGGAAGCUCAUUGCAACUUAUUCUGACUACAGUUUAAAGUAUUAAGCAUUAGUCAGACGGUUUUUCCUCCACUGAUUUACAGCAAAGGAAGCCAUGGAGCUGUUCAGAAUUCCCAUGCGAGGUUCUGUCUUGUUGUGGGCCAUUUUGACUCAGCUGCUGCUGUGUAGAAACGGUGUGUUCGCCGGGAAUGGCACCAAGGCCUGCAAACUACAAGACGAAUCUGCAUCACAAAGGAAAGUCCUUGAGCGACUGGAACCUCUGGCCGGCAAAAACUUCUCAGUGACGGUCAAAGAAGAAAAGGAAAACUACAGAUAUGUAUUCCAGCUGUGUGGAGAUGCAGGAGGGGUUCAAAAAGCGGGAGUUAUUCAACAGACCGACUCACAAGCUAAACCCACAAUCGUUGGCUCAUACACCUCGACCAAGGCCAUUGGCGGCAGUGACUGGGUGAUGCUGAUCUACCAUAAUGGUGAUAACUAUGAUUCCCACUGCAACAACGAAGCCAGAAAGGCCAUUAUCAUGAUCUCUUGCAACAAAAACAAAGAGGGUGACUUGGAAGUUAUUCUUGAAGACAGAGAUAGGCAGAGUGAUUGCUUUUACCUCUUUGAGCUGGACUCCAGUGCAGUGUGCCCUCCUGUUCAAUCCCAGCUUAGUGCUGGCUCCAUAAUACUCAUCAUUGGUUUCUGCCUUGUGGCCGUUUACCUCAUUGGCGGCUUCCUCUACCAGCGGCUGAUCGUUGGAGCCAAAGGGAUGGAGCAAUUCCCAAAUUAUGCUUUCUGGGUGGAAGUUGGGAACCUUUCAGCGGAUGGCUGCGACUUUGUGUGCCGUUCGAAAAACCGAGAGGAAGCUCCAGCUUACCGAGGAGUGACCGCUGAUGCUUUAGAUGAAGAGCCAGAAGAGAGAGAUGACCACUUACUACCUAUGUGACCUUAGUAUGUCAGAAAUAUGACAUACAUUUUCACUGUGUGACAGGUUACGCUUUUUGAGGUUUAGAUAAAAUUACUGGUGCACACAAGUGUGUUUUCUUUGCCUGGAAUGAGUCAGUCCCCUGUUGAAACCUUGCUUGUAUUUUAGACUUGUGGCUCUGAGAAGGUUCCUAAAAGGCAGAAGGCCAUGUCUCCUUUUCUACUCAAAACAUUUCAGUUUCAGUUGUAAUUCAUCCAAAGGAGUGACUCACACAUUAGGAAGACAAAUCAUUGACUCUUCUGUGGAAAUCAGAUGGAAAAAGGAAAGGAUUUAAUGAAUUUGUAAAGCAAACUCACUGGUAAUGUUUUUUGAUGUUUCUACUUAACUGAUGACAGUUGUUUUAUGGUUGUGCAGGCAGCGCCACGCUGGUUUCUGCUUAGGUAAUGCUUGCUGCAGGCUAUACAAGAUAACUAUACUUGUGUAAAAGGUUAGUUUGACCGAAUUAUGAAUGUAAAUUUUCAGCUCUUAGCACAGUGACAGUACAUACAGCCUUGCUGCACAUCUAGAGAGCAGUGCAAAAACCAAAGCUUUUGCAAAUCUAUUACUCUGCUUUAUUUUUUCCCCAGAAGUACAAAGAAAAGUUUCGACAUUAGUUCAGAUAUUUUGUGUAGUAGUUAAUGAAGGUGUCAGGUGAAAGUGUCGCAUUUUUAAUCUAAAAAGGUCAAAGAGGUGCAAUGCAUCUUUAAUAAAAUUUAAAACAUAAUUGUUUUCCUAUUUAGUACUGAUGGACAAUUUAAAACUGCUUAUUCAGCACCAACCACAGUAAUUGGCACCCAAUAAAGAUUUGUAAAGAAACAUUCAAAGAAAUGUAUCUUUUAUUACAACAAUAUAAUCCUAGAAAUAAUCAAACCUUUUUUUCUUUCAGUGCUUCUAUUGACUUGAGAAAUAAGUUUUCUUUAACUAAAUCACCAUUGGCACCAUUAGAGGUAACCCAGGAAGUUUCUGUAAAACAAAUGUAAACUGAAAAUGAAGACUGAACCAACAGUAUUCAUUUACACUUUAGAAAAUUGAUAAGUUUCUUUGAAAUAUUAUUUAGUAAUCCUUUGCUUUUGUUUCUCUGGGUUAUAAAUAUAAUUUUUUGAAAGGUUGUGCAAGGACCCCUAUUAUUUAUAUUCCAGGCACUGUAGUGGCAGCGUUACUGUUAGACCAUUAAACACUGGCUUCACUCCAGCUGGUUGUUCCAGAUUCAUGUCAGAGAAAAAGCCUCGUUUGUCCUGCCAUCACAAAUGUAAACGGGGUUUUUUUUUUUGGCCGAUCUCUACUCGGAACUUAAAUGGAAUUGUGUCAGAUUAGACCAGGAUUAAACACUCCAGGUAGGUUUUUAAAUGAAACAAAGGAGGACUGUGUGAAAAAAGCACCUCAUACCCACUAUUAAGUUAGGCAACCCUAGGCAAAUUCUCAUGCAUUACGUUCUAUAUCAAAAUCAGAAGAGUACUUUUCUAUUGACUAGUUGUACAAAGUAUUCACAGAGAGGGGACUUAUAAUUGUGUCACUGGUGAUUUUGUUCAAAAUAAUCUAUAAUGUGAGAAAUGGAUGUUUAGAUUAUUCUAAAUUUUCUUUUUCUCUUUUUUUUUACUGAUCUCCAUCAAAGGUGGCAAUAAAUAUUGGAGGCACUGUCUAUGUUUUUGAUGAUUUCUGAAAUGUGAUAUGCUGUAUACUAUUGUAUUUUGAUAAUAUGAACAAACAUUAACAAUGUCCAAUAUCCAGUGUUGAAACUUUCCUGACUGCUGACAUUGUAAUUGUUAACCUAAGCACCAGAAAUAAUCGUAUGUUUACCAACUUUUGCUUUCUCUUAUGUUUGACCAAAACCUUCUAACUGCAGUUUUUGCUUCUAUUUAAAAUGUUAGAAGUGGCAGUGACAUCACCUGCUGUACUCUCUAUAAAUAUAUUGAAAAUGUUAGUUUUGAGGAUAUCAUUCAUAAGGUUUAUAAAUUUUUUACAUAAAUUAUUGGUGAAAACAAAAGUAGAGUGUUUUGGAAUUUCACUCUGUAGGUGGAAACAAAUUUUCCUGCUUUGCUUUGUCACAUUUUACUAAUGUUGGCCUAUUUUUCUUAGUUCAGUGAAUUGUCUCCUGUGUUCUCUGGUAAAAAUGGUAUCACUUGUGUUUGAAAUAAAUAAAAAUGCAUCCAGUUUGA